GCUGAGAGCUUGCGAGGCGCGGUUACGACCGAUCGUCAGCUAACUUAGCCGUGUUGUUGUCAUCGCUGUUUGUGGCUGUAAAUCGUGCUCGCGUUUUGAUGGAUAAACCUUCCUUUUUCUCGUUGUGGAUUUGUGGUGUAUUCUUUGUGUUUUCGGUUGUGUGAGAGUGAAGUGUUGUGCUGCUCCGAACUUAUUAGCGCGAUGUCGCAUAGUAUCGGACGGGACGCCGCUGGCUUUGUGGUUUUACUGAUGCCCGGAUUUUGGAUGUGGCGAUGUGGCUGUACUGAGUGAGGGACACACGUUGACAUGUGCGACCCAAGGACUGUCAUCGAGGGAUCGUUGAAGUACCGUGAUGGGAGAAAGUGGAAGAGCCGGUGGUGCGUCGUGACGAAGUUGUCUCCCGUUGCAGAUUGCCUGCAAGUCCAGCUGUAUCGGGACAGCAGGGAGCGGUGCAAGAAUGGUCCCACCAAGGCGUCUCUGUCGCUCACCGGUUGCCUGGGGAUGGAGUCCGGUUUCACCCUGGACAAAGAGAGCCACACAUUGGCUGUGCUGUGCCCGGAGCUGGUGCUUGUGCUCGCCUUCGACUCCAGGGAGUUGCUUAUUCAAUGGAAAGUCAAGAUUCGCGCGAAUGUCGCCGAAGAACAUCAGUUCCUGAUUCAGCUUACUCAUGCUCCACCACGAGCGAAGUUACCUACAGGGCCGACACGGCUUCACCUCCAGGACUAUCUCUUCUGUCUGACAGCAGGCGUCCCACCACGAAUCCUGGGUACAUGGCCGCUGAAAGAACUUCGGCGAUUUGGACUCGUCGAUGGCAAGUUCUGCUUUGAAGGUGGCUCUAAAUGUGGGAAAGGUGAAGGCCUUCAUAUUCUACACACCAACCAGACAGAAGAACUUUCACAAGCGUUUGAAGCUGCUUUGAAAGGACAAUUAGCCACAAAGAGGAAACUGGCGUCAAAGACUACACUUGUGGAGACACCGUCAAGAAUGUCGCUACAGCCUCGGUCCCGUAACCAGGACUCUAGUCAAUGCUGUAGCACAGAAUCUCGUCGACCUUUGCUCAGCUCUGCUUGCUCUGAUGGUGGUUCAUCGUGUGAUGCUUGCUCUGAAAUUGUGCGUUUUGCGAGCGAUGCACCUCUGCCAGAAGACUUCUUUCAGGCAAAGGCAUUUUGCAAAGUUCAUUAUAGAUGGCCUUCUUGCAUGUCACAAUGUGGCCCCGCUUCCAGCGUAUGCUCCAGCGAAGUGGAGAGUGCUGAUACAGUGUCCUUGACAAUCAGCGAUAUUCAGGAACCUACACCUCCUCUCAAGUCACCAGAAGGUCUCACUGAAGGAUCGGCACAACUUCCAGGAGCGCCGUGUCUACAACCAGUACUGACCUAUACACACUGCAACAAAUGUGGAAGACACUACUGCGCAAGGAGCACGUUCCCAACAGCCGAGCAGCAUCCUCCCGGAAGAACAGAACAUUCCCCAGAACGGGCACCAAUUACAGGUUUUUCUCCACAUUGGACAAUGGACCUCAAGGUUACCUCCCCUUCAACUGCCAGUGAAGUUACUGUUCAAACCAGGCCGACACUUCCCAGCGCCGCCAAUCCUCGAGUUUUGAAACCCUCAGACAGGGCGUCUCUCUGCUCCCAGAGCAGUGGUACUAGCAGCACAAGUGCUGGAAGUGCCACAAGCACGAGUUCGUCGGAGUACAAUGUCCCAAGAAAUUUCUUGGAGUCGUUUUACGACCAUCCUCGGAACCUUCUUCACGUGGAUGGGGAGUUCUUCCGUGUUCCAAGCUGCACUUCAUCCGACAGGGGCUCUGGGUUACCCACCCCAUCACCAAUGGGGGACUCUCUGCCUGGAAUACACGGAAACGCACCUUGUCCCUGCUGGAGCAGGAGUAUGACGAACAGAUGUUCAAGGGUGACCAGGAGCAGUUCUGGCUCAAGCGAUUCUCCUCUCGCAUCACCCAAGAAACCCCCUUCCCAGCAACCAUUCCCGGGAACUCCACGGAUAGUAUUUCAGUGUCAUGCACCUAAGUCACCUUGUACUUGUAACCAAGGGACAACAGUCUACCCAAAUUAUGAUGUUCCUAGAACGGCGCUCGCUAAUAUUUACUUAAGGGAAAGACAAGCAUCUCAGUCUGCAGCUGAUUCCUCUGGAGAGGGAAAGGCAAACCCAGCUUCUCCAGCGAUGGGACAACAUUACGACGUGCCCAGAUAUUUUAAAGAGAAGCUCCUUCAACAAGAAGUGAAAGUACAUGAGGCGAUCUCUCACGGUCGCACCAUGUGCACUUGUGGAACAGUUCUUUCGUCAGGCCUCUCGCACGUGUGCAAAGAACAGAGUGUCGUUGACCCACUACAAAGCACCUGCACCUGCCAUCAAGUCGUGUGUUGGGCUGGCAACCUUGUUCCCUGUUGGAGCACAACCCCAAGUGAUGAUUGCAAGGCAGUCUGUGCACAAGAAGGCUUUUUCAUACAUAACCCACAACACCGUGUUCCAGGAUCCCAAACACAAGGAGGUUCUGCGACAAUCUGCCAGGAGCCAAGUCGAAAAAUAUCUGGCCCACUUCAGCAGCAGUUACCUCAGGCACACGAUCAGGCAAAACCAAGAGCACCUGCAUGCACACCCACUGCAACGACUCCAAACUACGCGAACAUUCAUUUCAUUGAAUCCCUCUCGCUGUACCAAAAUACUGGCAGCUUAACAUGCACACGCAGUCAACAAGAUCCAAAGCAGAGCAAUGAAACUAAACUCGCUGUCGAAGCCAAGCCUCCUUUGCCACCGCGAAAUUCCUCUCCCGCUAAUUCAAAAGCGGGAAGCACAACCUGCAGCGUAGAAAAUAGCCCCGAUAGGUCUGGCUCCCUCAAGCGAUCCGGCGUUCGAGGCUCUCCAUCUUCCACUUGCGGAGAAAGUUAUGAAGUAAUGUCAUUCCGGAGAGCUCCACCGGAGAAUCUAACACUGGUCUGCGAUGGCAAUUACGUCGUAAUGCACCCAGUUGAACCAACAAAGCAACCAGAUGGCAAACAGACUACGACGGAACACAGCGACCGACUGCCCCUGCCGCUGAGACCAUUCAUGCCGUACCUUCUGCCCUGCAGGGAAGAAUACCCGGAAGAACUUCCACCAGAAUGUGAUAAGUCAAGGAAAGGGAACAAGGCUUGCAGUAGUCCGUUUUUCAGAAGAAGACAAAUGAUUGCUCAAGAAAGCUUCCAGUCAAAGACCACCACCUUAUCGAGUUCUCUUGCUGACCUCAAGAAGAAGGUAUUGAUGAGAAGAAGGUCCAACUCGGCAGACGGUCGGCAGGAGUCGGAUGAGACGUUUGAACCCGAUGACUGCCCGACAUACACGGUACAGAGCGCGAAGACGACCCCAAGUAAAAAGCAUUCGUUGCUAUCAAAGCUGUCACUAAGGUCCCGAGAGAAAGCAUGCAACAUCAACGAUAUCACGCCACCAUCCUCGGUUCCCUCAACGCCAAACAGCCGCUCGCUAGAAAACCUCUACAAGAUUCCAUUCCAUCGCUCUGCUGACUGUUUGAAGCUGAAAGGAGAUUUUGUGUUCUCCGAGGAAGAUCUCAGUAAAGAUGGCGAUGCAUUGGACGAUGUGCAACAGGGUCCUUCAAGUAUAAAGAGGUCAUCGAGCGUUCCCUGCAAGGCACAAUCUGAAGUGGAACAGGCAACAAGUCCAUCUGAUUCUGGUGUCUCCACUAGCCUUCCGCAUAGCUCCGAGACUGUGUGUGAACUUGUGAACAAUGGAAUCACACUUCAUUCUUCAUUACCCAGGAGGAUAGAAGGAGGGUCACACGGUAUUAUGAGGGACGAGAACCGAGAAGUUCAGUGUUCUUCUGCCAGAGACUGUACCUACAUCCAAAGUUGUGAUGGUGUUAAGCAUGAACAUUCACACCAUGCUUUUCACGUCUGCCCUCACCACGGACAGUACACGGUACAAAACGAACGUUACCUCAGCACGUCUUCGAAAGGAUCGUCAAGCAGCACGACAUCAUCAGACAGUGACUACAUUGAGACGAUGUCUUUGUGCAGCAGUGGCAGUGGAGGAAGUGGCUCUGAAUACAUGCGUCAAGAAGAGCUUGCCAGCAGCGGGCGAACUUUGGCUACGUGUCCGGUUUCCUGUAUACUAAAGCCACGCUCUGCAAAAGAGUACAACUCUAUUGACCGAACUGGCAUUCGCGAAGAGGACGAGCCAGAGUCGCCAACAUGCUGCAACAUGCACAGUGCCGAGUGCUGUAAAAAUCACGCUGCUCCUAUUCACUUUACGUUUCCUAAGACAUGUCUUCCCUCUGAAGGAUCUAGCACGGACCUGAAUGUGAACUCGUCAUCUGAGAUGCCCGGACUCAAUGCAACGUAGGACGGCUGCAGUGGGAAGCCUCUAAAUUAUCUGGUUGUGUCUGGAGUAUGUUCUUGGUAGUGCGUUGUACAAAGUAUGGGGUAGAAACUGUCAUCGUUUGUAAGUACGUAGUAUAUCUCCACAGGUGAUGGCAGUAUGCGAAUUGAAGUCAUUGUAAAAAGUGUGCAUAACUUUGCAAAGACAAACAUAGCAUAUUACUUGGCAUAAUACCUCCAGUUGCAAGAUAUAAUUUAUGGCUCAAAAAGUCCACAUUAUCAUGGCCAUUUUUAGACUAUGUGGUCGAGAGGAACAUUUUAAACUAUCUUCUGCUUGGUCUUUAAAUUGGGAGUUUCCUGUAGUGCACGUGCAUUAUGAAAGAGAGCAUUAAAAUAUGAAACAGUUACGAAUAAUAUAACAGCAACUGUACAGCAACAGGUGAAAUGUCACACCAUGAAGUCGUUAUACUGUAAAAAUAAGUGUAACUGUAAAGAUGUGCCUGUGAAUAUUUGUGCAGGGCUCUGCCAUACCACUGUACUAGGAAAUCGACGCAAUGUCUAAUCACUUGUUAUGUGUUGCUAUCUGGCAUCAUUUCUCUGUAUCAGACAUUUUUCAUUCUCUAUCCGAGACCCAUAUAAACGUAAGAUAGCAAGUGCUGCAUAACCAAAUAUGUAUAAACAAUUACAUGAUUGUCUAUUGCAAUGUACAAUAUGAAGGAAAUAGUGCUCAUGCCAAGUUAAGGUUCACACACUGUGACAAGAGUGAAAUGAUGACCUUAUCUAUAUUUCUUAUUGUCCAAGGCUUUUCUUCUGGAUUUUUUUAGUGCAAUACUUUAGGAAAUGCAACAUCAUUAUGUUAGUUUUAGAUAUUUAUUGGUUCAUUGUCCGCAACAGAGCUCAAAAACACUUCGUGAGAUGGCAUAUCAGCACAUUUUUAUGUCACAUAUCACGCAAGACUAUAGCAGGUGCUAAGGAAGUAUUUUCUUCUGUUUUGUUUCACAUGUUUGCAAUGUUAGCCUCGGCUCGGUAUGUUCAUAUUUAUCCAGGUGGUAGCAAGAAAUUUAGGAAGAAAUCUAUUUUUAGUACAGGCUUAGAAACAUCACAGCAUCCUCUUGGUACAUAAAAUAUGCAAAAUGGUAGUCAGCCAGAGAUCCUUGUCUCAGUCAACUAUGCAAGGCUCUGACUGCAUAGUUCUUGUACAUUAGCCCCAACGUCGUCGCUUCCUCUUGUAAUAUAGAUUCCCAUAGCAUGUGAGUUCUCUUUGUAAGUACCAUUACAACUGUGUCUAGAUGAGGCAGAGCUCUUUGCCUGGACGUUUUACAUUUCUGUGUAUGAUCCAGAUGGUGUUCGAUGAGUGUGCCGUACUAGUUAUGUCUUCGUCACUUUCAACCUGAAUAAGGUAUCCUAGAGUGUAGAGCAGUUUAAUUUAUAGCACAUGACAAUAAAAUGUGUUGUCACGUGA